ACACCACACCAACAAAACAAAAGAAAAAACAAAAUCAAGAGAAUACAACAAAAAAAAGAAAGAAGAAAGGUAUAGAGUUUUACAAUAUCUUCUUCGGAAUCUUUAGAGGAAGAAAGAAAAAAUGGCAACAAUGAAAAUACCAAUGACGGUACCUUCUCCUCGAGUCGAUGCUGACCAACUCUUUAAGGCCUUCAAAGGAAGAGGCUGCGAUACUUCGGUGAUCAUCAACAUCUUAGCUCAUCGCAAUGCAACACAACGAGCUCUCAUCGAACAAGAAUACGAAACCAAAUUCUCGGAUGACCUCCGAAAACGUCUCCACUCUGAGCUUCAUGGUCAUCUCAAGAAAGCCGUUCUUUUGUGGAUGCCUGAAGCAGUGGAGCGAGACGCUUCAAUACUGAAACGCUCCUUAAGAGGAGCCGUGACUGAUCAUAAAGCGAUUGCUGAGAUUAUAUGCACACGAUCUGGCUCUCAGCUUCGUCAGAUCAAACAGGUCUACUCAAACACUUUCGGUGUGAAACUUGAAGAGGACAUCGAAUCCGAAGCUUCUGGCAAUCACAAAAGAGUUUUGCUCGCGUAUUUGAACACUACGCGAUAUGAAGGACCAGAGAUCGAUAAUGCGAGUGUAGAGAACGAUGCUAGGACUCUCAAGAGCGCGGUUGCAAGGAAGCAUAAAUCUGAUGACCAGACGUUGAUUCAGAUAUUCACUGACCGAAGCAGGACUCAUUUGGUCGCUGUAAGAUCUACUUACCGUUCCAUGUACGGCAAAGAACUUGGAAAGGCCAUAAGAGAUGAGACUCGCGGGAACUUCGAGCAUGUCCUUCUAACAAUUUUACAAUGUGCUGAAAACUCUUGUUUCUAUUUCGCAAAGGUAACGUAACCUAACCUUUCUUAGACAACAAUGUAGGGUUUCGAGUUUACAAAACGAAAACUGAAAGCGCAGGCAUUGAGGAAAUCAAUGAAAGGAUUAGGAACAGAUGACACGGCGUUGAUAAGAAUCGUGGUGACGAGAGCAGAGGUGGAUAUGCAGUUCAUCAUCACAGAAUACCGUAAGAGAUACAAGAAGACUUUGUACAAUGCUGUUCAUUCUGAUACAACUAGUCAUUACAGGACUUUUCUCCUCUCUCUUUUAGGCCCCAACGUUUGAGAUCUCUUUCUGUAUCCAAUCCCAAAAUUAACUUUGAUUCUCUGUAUCUUACAAAAUUACUUGCAACAAUCUUGAAGGAUAUUAUAACAUGAUUAUGUGUAAGAUCAAACAAAGAGAUAAUUGAGAAGCUGUUCUUU